GAGAUUUGAUUUGCCAGCAUCACAAUUAUAUGGUGGACGACUUCUAAACCGGUGCCGAAAGCAGAAUAAUUGGACGGAUAUAUAUCACCAUCGUGACCUGUUUGUUGAUAUCUGCAUACACUUACAUGACCAGACGUAACUAUAUGAAACACCAGACAGACAGACUUAUCCGAGGAAAGAUCUAGACUAUGCAGUGAUACUCAUAAACUGGAUCGUGUGUCACUGAACCACGAUUACAUUAAAUGUGAUGUUCUAUGAAUUUUCCUGCAUGGAUGAAUGCAGCGACAAAAAUCUUUUAGGAAAAUCAACAUUUUAUCCGAAGCCUCGCUUUCAUCGUUGUUGCUGUGACGAUGCGGAGGAAACACCUGGUGGUUGUCGUGGUGACCAUCUUCCUGUGCUGGAAUAUAAUGAUGUAUUAUCUUCUGGUGUCUAAAAACCCAGGAAAGUCCAUUUCAUUUGGGGAGAAGUUAACAUGGCUUGAGGCAGACAUCCAACACCAGCUCAAUGAGAACUCUGGUCUACUGGAGCAGCUACGUAAGUUACGACAGGACGCAGAGCGACAAGCCCGAGAGAAAACUGAAGCACUCCGGCAAGCCCGACAGCAGAACGUGGAACCUGUCGAAAGGGAAGUACAACACAAACCAGAGGUUCCUGUCGAGUCUCCUGUGAGGACAGACGAUGGACCACUGAACGCGAACUCUGUCGUCCUUCCUGUACUCAUGAUCGCAUGUGACCGUGUAUCUGUCAGUCGAAGUCUGGAUCAGCUCCUCGAGUACCGUACGUCACCUGAGCGCUUCCCAAUUAUCGUAAGUCAGGACUGUGGUCACCCAGCAACGUCUGAUGUCAUACAGAAGUAUGUCACCUCCGACAACAUCAUACACAUCAAGCAACCAGACCUCAGUAACAUAGAGCUGCCGUGGCCGAAGAAGAAGUUCAGUGGUUAUUACAAGAUUGCCCGUCAUUACAAGUGGGCGCUCAACCAGAUCUUCCAUCACUUCAACUACUCGGCCGUCAUCAUAGUGGAAGAUGAUCUGGAUGUUUCCCCAGAUUUCUUUGAGUAUUUUGCGGCAACGUAUCCUAUCCUGACCUCUGACCCUUCACUGUGGUGUGUGUCUGCAUGGAACGACAAUGGGAAAGGUGGCAUGGUGUCGGAUGAACCAGAACUGCUGUACCGGGCCGACUUCUUCCCCGGACUUGGCUGGAUGAUGGAGAGGAAGCUCUGGCUGGAGAUUGGACCGAAGUGGCCGGUUACGUUUUGGGACGACUGGAUGCGCCACCAGGACCAGAGGAAGGAGCGAGUUUGUAUACGACCGGAGAUCUGUAGAACAAGUACAUUCGGCCAGAAGGGGGUCAGCAAGGGAUUGUUUUUCGAGAAGCAUUUAAAAUACAUCAAGUUGAACGAUAAAUUUGUGCCAUUCACCAAGAAAGACCUAUCAUACUUAAAAAAGGAGAAAUAUGACCCCUGGUUCACCCGUCAGGUAUAUAACACGCCGGAGGUGACGGUUGCCGAGGUGAUGUCUGGCAGUAAGAAACACCUUAAAGCACUGCGUGUUACUUACAUCACAAAGGAUCAGUACAAGUCGAUAGCCAAGAGGCUCGGCAUCAUGGACGACUUCAAGGCGGGUGUACCCCGUGUGGCAUACAGAGGGGUGACUAGCUUCACCUUCAGUGGACAAAGGAUCUUCUUAGCUCCCAAAUCUGACUGGUCCCAUUAUGACCUCACCUGGACAUGACCUUGACCUCUAGUAUAGGUCACUUUGGGUUCACAGCUGUUGUCCUGCCAGGAUCUAAUAAUGGUGAAGGAAGACAGCUGGGCUUAGUUGCAAUGGACAUUGGUGUUGUCAGGAUGACAUUGGUGUUGUCAGGGUGACAUUGGUGUUGUCAGGGUGACAUUGGUGUUGUCAGGACGACAUUGGUGUUGUCAGGACGACAUUGGUGUUGUCAGAGUGACAUUGGUGUUGUCAGGGUAUGGGAAGAGACUGAAAUGGAAUCUGAUGUAAAUUUUCAUGGACACUGAACACGAAAAAGGGGAAAGGUUAACCCUUUCACCACUGUGUACCAUAAUGGACUCAUCCAGAUCAAUGCAUGGUAGAGUUUACUAAAGUUACCUAGGGGUGAAAAGGCUAAAUGAGAGAAAAAAACAUAUUCAACAUCAAAAGGAUGCCUGACUUAGAUUACAGCCCUCCCAAGAGAAAUGAAACAAGAAUACCAUAAAUGUCAGUAACGAUGGUGAAGGCCUUCAUAAGAGAAAAGAAACAAGUUUAUCAUUACUUUUAUUGACAAUGAUUGACAAGUCUUCAACGAAAACAGAACCGGGAUUACGUAUCAACGUACUUGACAAUGAUGACGGCCUUCACUGCUAGAAAAGAAUAUUAUCAUUGAGUGAUCAAUAUAUGCCAGACAGUGAUGAUGGUUUACCUGCGGGGAAAAGAAAAAGAUAUUGUCAGUUGCUGCUGGUGAUAAUGGCUUUCACCAGAUAAGAAAUAAGUCAAACGUCAAUGAGGCAGACAAAAAGACAUCAUAAAACCUGCUUUUAUGGGGACAGGAAAUAUUUGCCUUAUUGUGAAAGACAAGUAAGAACAGUUUUUGUGGUGAAUGUAGGAUUCUGUGUCCCAGGUAAAGACCCCCUGAUAUAAGAGGGAUGGAUCUAAUAAUAAUCAUUCAAGUAGUUAAGUUUCACUCGUUAAAUAUUCAAAUGGAGGAUUAUAGAUUUCUUACUCUUACUAUUUUUUAAUGAACCCAUUAUGAAUUGAGAUUGUGCUCCUCUAACAGUAACAGCAACAAAGAUACCAGCUCCCCUCCCCAUUCCACCCCACUUUCUUCUUUCAAAAAUCUUAUAGGUAAUAGAUAAAUGUGUAAAUCAUCUUCUGAAGCAGAUUUCACAUUUUCAAGGUGACAAAUUGGUUUAAAUAGAAAUACAUUCCAUUUUCCAUUAUGCACAAUUGAAAAUUCAUAGGUUUCCUUAUUUUGGUUUCAUUUUCUUCUCAUUUGGAAUCUUUUUUGACAGACGAAUAAUCAUUACAUCAUCUAUUGAAGCUGUCUAUCUUUAGACUGUAUGGUGUAUGAAAUGCACGAGCAAUUAUCCCAGAAUUAUGGUAUUCUCUAGAGUGUAAAGUACACUGCAAAUACAUUUUUAUGGCAUAUUUGUUGGGUUGUCUCCUCAGAUGUUAAUCUCUCAAUUGUAAGGUUAAUAAGUUGUGUUCACAGUUGAUCAUUUGAUUUUCUUCCGCAGAUGUUAAUGUUAGACUGCACCGAAAAUAAGUUGUACUGGCAACAGAUCAUUGGAUUAUCUCCCCUUAUGUCAUUCUUUAGAUUGUAAGAUAAAUAAGUUGUUCUGAUGACUCUUCAGUGGAUAAUUGCCCCUUAUGUCAGUCUCUAGAAUGAAAGACAUAUUAUAGUUGUACUGACGACUGAUCAAUGGAUUAUCUCCCCUGAUGUCAGUCUGUGAUAAAUAAGUUGUUCUGACGACUGUCUGAUCAUUGGAUUAUCUCCCUUGAUCUCAAUUUGUAGUUGUGCUGAAUUUGAUCAUAGGAUUAUCUGCCCCUGAUGUAAGUGUCUAGAAUUGUUUUUUAUGCCAGUUGUUCCCGAUGUUCAGUGCAAAGUUAUCCAAGUGUCUGUAAAUAAGACAGGGUUUGUAGGGUAAUGAUGCCUAUUCACAAUGCAAUGCAGAAAAUCUUCUAUUAUAUGUGUUAUCAUCAUAUAUGUAUAUAGUUUUAUGUGUUUUUUGUUAUCGAACGUAGUUUCAUGUGAAAUAAGUAGUUGAAUAUUUAUUUUUGACGGUUUGGUUUGCUGUUUAUGUAUAGAUGAAGCAGGAAUCAUAGUUUACUAUGUGAUUUUUGUCUUCCUGGAGAUCUGUUUGAUAUGUGUGAUACACACAUGUACAGUCAGCUGUUACAGGAGCUUUUACUACAUCACGGUAUUUAAUUUCUUCCUACUAUUUUAUUACACCUAAAUGUGGUACCAUUUCAUGAAUGAGAUUUACACUUUUCCCCCCAUGUCUCAAAUUAAAAAAUUAAAAUCUCAAACAUACAAUUAUGACAAGUUUGUUUUACACAACUAAGAUGAUUUUCUAUGUAACGUUACAAUGUCUGGUACAAUGUGUGCAUUGUCACCUUCAUCAGACAAAUGACCAGUGAAGUGUAUGCACUCAAAUAUACAAGUUUCAGUUCAGUUUCAGCUGUCUUUUUUUUCCAGCACAGCACAUCAACUAACUGCCCACUUGUUCUUAUAGAGGCUUUUAAACAAAAAAGGACUUGACCAUUUAUUUUACAUUCUUUCUGUUACAUUACAAUUAUUUUUUUAUGUCACUUGUUUUGCCGAACUAUAAGAAGUGAAGAUUCCUAAAAUACACAGGACAAUGUCUGGAGGUCCCGCUUGAUUUAAAUACGUGACACGUAACCAGAUAGAGUCGGUAUUGGUUUCCAUAUUUAAUAACCCUAUUUUGUUCAUUCAGAUUAAAUUAAAGCUAUUGGUAUAUAUGAUUUCCUUCAUCAGAAUGAAAAUUUUAUAUUGUAUUUUUAUACACCUUGUAACACAAAUUC